UGCUGCUGUCGCCGCUGCCGUCGCCGCUGCCGUCGCCGGCUGCUGGCUGCUGCACCUUCGCCAACAUUUUUUUGUUUUGGGCCUCUUUCACUUUUUCAGCCGAUCUCGUACACGCAGAUCGGUGGAAUAUUCGAUCUCCGAGCGUCGAGCGAACACCUUCGCAAUCGCGUCAGACACGAUUUCUACCAUAUGGAUAGCUCGAGCGUCCGAGUUUAAUUGAACUUUUCACCGUUUUGUUUUCACACGCUCCUCGCACCGGGGAAAACAGAGACGUGAGUGACACAGGGACUCGUCGUGCACGUCAAUUGUUGUAUUUGUCAACAAAGUCACUAGAGUAGAAGUAACGAAGAACAGCACGAGAGAUAAAAGCAGUGCGUGUACACAAACAUCUGUGCAGGUCAUAUGUGAAUUUUAUCGAGCGUUGACACCGAUAAGUGUUUAAAUAUAUAACAAUAUAUACGCUUGUAUCAGUAGAAAAAAAAAAGAUUGACGAUUCUCGUGUUUUCCAUCGAGGGCGUUUGACACAUUAUUCAGAUACCGUGUAGCUGCUGAGUUGGCACAGUUCGAUACAUUCCUCAGUGCAUCCAGAAAUUGUUAAAAUAAUGACUUACUUGGAAAUUAAAGCUCUGCUCCAAAAGCAUGGCCAGGAGCACCUGCUUCAAUUUUGGGACGAGCUUUCGCCGGAAGAGCGAGAUUGUUUGAUCGAAGAUAUCGAAAAUUUGGACUUGAUGGAGGUAACAUCUUAUUUUACCAGAGCCAUAAAAUCCAACGAAAGCAAAAGUUUGCUGGAUGAAAAAAUUCAGCCCAUACCAGAUUCAUCCAUCGAGUCGAUCAAGACUGUUCUACCCGAGCAGUUGCAAAAGUAUGAAAGACUUGGACUGGAAGAAAUAGCUAAAGGUAAGGCUGCUAUCAUUCUUAUGGCUGGUGGUCAAGGUACAAGACUUGGUGUGGAUUAUCCAAAAGGAAUGUACAAUGUUGGGUUACCAUCCAAUAAAACACUAUUCGAGUUGCAAGCUCUAAGAAUAAAGCGUCUACAACAUAUGGCCAGAGAAUUGUUUGGAGAUUGUGCAGGUAUUGCAUUGUACAUCAUGACUAGCGAUGCUACUCAUGAAACAACCUUGGCUUAUUUUAAGGAAAAUGACUAUUUUGGUUUAAACGAAAACCAAGUUAAAGCAUUUAAGCAAAGUACUCUACCUUGUUUCACUUUUGAUGGUAAAAUCAUCCUUGACGACAAGCACAAAAUUGCUAGGGCUCCUGAUGGCAAUGGUGGAUUGUACGUUGCUUUAGAAAAAGAAGGAAUUCUGAGUGAUAUGGAAAACCGUGGAAUCAAUAGUGUACAUGUUUUUUCAGUUGAUAAUAUUUUAGUAAAAGUAGCUGAUCCAGUAUUCAUUGGUUAUUGCCUUAGUCGCUCUGCAGACUGUGCAGCUAAAGUUGUUAGUAAAAGGUCAGCAGAUGAGCCUGUUGGCGUUGUGUGUUUAGUAGAUGGACUCUUUGGUGUUGUUGAGUACAGUGAAAUUUCAAAAACUACUUCACAACUUUGCAAUGAUAAAGGAACUUUAGUUUAUAAUGCUGGAAAUAUUUGUAAUCACUAUUUCACAACUGAAUUUCUCAAUAAGAUUGCUAAAAAUUAUUCAAAAGAAUUGGAUUUACAUGUGGCAAAGAAAAAAAUUCCAUUUAUUGACGCUAGUGGCACAAAGUGUAAGCCAAGUACAUCAAAUGGUAUCAAGAUUGAGAAAUUUGUCUUUGAUGUUUUCAAGUAUUCCUCUAAAUUUGCUGCUUGGGAAGUUUUGAGAGAAGAUGAAUUUAGUGGACUCAAAAAUUCUGAUUCUGCAAAAGAAGAUUGCCCUACGACAGCUAGAAAUCAUAUUUUGGAUCUUCAUAGAAGAUGGCUUCUCAAAUCUGGAGCUAAAAAUGUUGAUGGAAAUGUUGAAAUCAGCCCUUUGUUGUCGUAUGCUGGAGAAAAUUUGGUAGACAUUGCUAAAGACAAGUCCUUCAGAGGUCCUUUAGUUUUAAAUUAAAUUGUGCAAUUUUUAUACAUUUUUCAAUUAUUACUUGUGAAAAGAAUUUUUAGAAUGAUGUAAUCAGUUUUGACACUCUAUUUUUUACAAAUCAUGUACUGAAGAAGAUUUAUUUUUAUGAUACUUAGUUUAUCUUGAGAUGUAUCUUUUACAGAUUCAGAAAGUUUUAUUUUUAAACAAAAUUUUUUUAUAUUUUUAUUUUAUUUAAAGAAAAGAAUUUAUUAUGAUGUUUACACUGAUAAUUAAGGCUGAUAAGGACUAUAAAUUUACUUGAGUAAUGCAUCAAGAAUGUAUAAAUUCUUAGUAUUGCAAAAUGGUGCCUGUUUUGUAUGAGAUGUAUAAAUAUAUUUUAAUAGUAAUUUUUCUAGAAAAGAAGUUUAAUAUCAUGAACAAGCUUUAUGUGUCAAUCCAGUGUAGUUAUUUUUAAAAUGUUGUGCAAUAAACUGUAGUUCAAAUAGACCUCGUAUAAAUGUAUAAAAAUAUGAAUAAUAAUACAGCUAAGAUCCUGAUAUAUAUGAUUUUUAUAUUUUACAUGACAAAGGAUUAAGAAUUGUUGUCAAUAAGAUUGAAAAAUGCAUGGAAAAAUCUUUGUUAAAAACAGGAUUUUUACAAUGUGGUCAAUCAACUUGAAUCGUUAGUGUUUUUUAAUCAUUUUUAUCAAUAAAAGCGAAAAUGUUUUUAA